AUGUCCAUAGACAUAGACCUGGAGAAGUUCUUAGAAGAUCUGGGGUUGGAGCAGCACUACACAGAGAAGCUAUCACUGAGCACAGUACUACAGAUUGAUGAGGAGACUGUUACUGAUGAACCUGCCAAAUGUCAUUCAGAUCUUCCAUGGUAUUUUCUGAAGAAACUGAUGAUGGUUAAUGUGACAGCCAGGAAUAUGAAAUGUACAUCUGCAUGUGCGUCAAACUGUGAUGAUCCGUCAGGGAAUACAGAGUUAAAUGUUGAUGAUCUGUUCAACAGCAAACAUUCAGAUGUCAUGUUAAACCCCCUUGACAUAAUCACUGCUCUCUUUCUGUGUUCUGAUGCUUUUGUACAACAGGAAAUGGCACUCAGAAUGUCUAUGUGUCAGUUUUCUGUGCCUCUGUUGCUUCCCAAUUGUGACACAAAGCAGUGCACACUCAUGCUUUGGGCCAUGAGAGACAUCGUUAAAAAGUACAGACCUCAGUCACUUUCAGAGUCCAAGGGCUUCAUUGAACAAAGAAUUGUUCUCUCUGAACUUCCAAUGAUAUCUUUUGUGAGACUGGGUGAGUGCUCCCUGUCCAAGUCAGAGAUCCUCAAUAAGCUUCUGAGCAAUUCUCAGCAGUACCAUGAUACAUUUGUUCAUCAUGACAUGGAGUGUGGUGACAGUCCAAGGAGAAUAUCCAAUGGACUGGUUGAAAUGACUUGGUACCUUCCUUGUGGGAACAAAAACAUGGAUAUUUUCAGUGAGCCAGUAGCUGUAGCUAACCUUCGUGGAGACAUUGCCUCGUUUGAAACACAAUUUUCUUUUUUGUGUCAUACUUCAGCAGCAGUUUUUGUGUUCUUUGACAAUUUGGACUCUGAGUGCGAGCUGCUCACCAACCAACACCACAAGGCACAGAUCUUUUUGGUGGGUAACCAUCAAAUCAAUAGCUCCAGUAAAGAUACCUUAAAAAAGGUGGGAAUCAAGUUGGGCUUGAAGAACAAUAACAUCCUUAUAAAGGCAAAGCAGAUGAAUGAUGCAGACUUUGUCAAAAACUUGCAGAGAACAGUCAACAAUGUAGUUGAGAACUCAAAGAUGAAGAUGCAAAUUGAGCAGAUGGCUGACAUUGCCCAUGAACUGGGAAUCUGGGUUGAUGAAGACUCCUCAGAAUGUGAGGCUGCCAAGAAAAAUGCAGAUGCCAUUACUGCACAAAUUCAAGACAUCCUUAAAUACAAAGACACUCAGCUACCCUUGCAAGGCCAAAUAUGGAAGGAACUGACUCGCUUAGAGAAGGAACAAUUUCGGCUCCGAAAUGUUGGGUCUGAGAACAUAGAAAACUACAAAAGUAACCUGGAGGGGCAGAAAACAGAACUUAGGGAUAAACAGAACUCUUGUGACAUGUCAAAUGCAAUGACAUGUUUUAUCAACGCAGCAUCAAGCCCAGGGAUAGAGAGGUGCUAUUUCCUGAAAUGGAUGCGAAUGAACCUUGAUAACCUGUCUCGAGAAAAACUGUCUGGCCUCCGAGAACAGUACAAAGAAAAAUGCAAAAAUUCUGAGAACAAAGAGGAGAUCAAAGAAAUUGACAGGCAACUCUCCAACAGCUCACUGGGGACUGAACACUUCUUCCGUGAAAUGGGUCAGAUCUAUGAAGCUUCACUGUCUCUUCCAGAAACACACCCAUCACGUAAACAGUUUCAAUAUCUGCCCAAACUAUGUGCAGAAUUGUUACUUGAUGGAUUUCCCCUUGAGCUUAUAGAUGGAGAUACCUCCAACAUACCUCACAGAUGGGUGAGUGACGUCCUCUCUCAGCUCAAUGGCUUGGUGUCUCCUAAGAGCAAGAUACUGGUGGUCACAGUUCUUGGAGUUCAGAGCACAGGAAAGUCUACUCUCCUCAACACCAUGUUUGGAGUGCAGUUUGCAGUCAGCAGUGGUCGAUGCACUCGAGGUGCCUUUAUGUUGCUCAUCAGGUCAANUGAGCACGACAAUGAGCUUGCAACACUUGUUGUGGGGCUGAGUGAUAUCACCAUCAUCAAUAUCGCAAUGGAGAAUUCAACAGAAAUGAAAGACAUCCUACAAAUAGUUGUGCAUGCUUUUCUCAGGAUGACAGAGGUGGGCAAAAAGCCCAAAUGUCAGUUUGUCCACCAGAAUGUGUCGGAUGUUUCAGCUCAUGAGAAGAACUCAAAAGACAGGAAACUGCUCUUGCAGCAGUUAAAUGAGAUGACCCAGGCAGCAGCCAAAAUGGAAAAGAAAGAGGAGAGCAUGAGCUUCACUGAUGUGAUGGAGUACAGUCCAGACACUGGGAACUGGUACAUUCCUGGACUCUGGAAUGGAAACCCACCAAUGGCACCAGUCAAUGCAGGGUACAGUGAAGCUGUAUAUGAGCUCAAGAAAAAUGUAAUCCAAAUUUUGGGAUGUUGUGAGUCAUCUGCUAAUAAUAUCUUGGAGUUUACAGAGUGGAUGAAAAGCCUGUGGAAUGCAGUAAAGCAUGAAAACUUCAUCUUCAGCUUCAGAAACAGCCUGGUGGCUGAUUCAUACAUGAGGCUGUGCACAGAAGUCAACAAAUGGGAAUGGGCAUUCAAAAAACAAAUGUACACAUGGGUUACAAAUGCUGAGACAAGAAUUUCCAAUUUUGGCAAAUUUGCUGUGGAAUCUGAGAUACCUGACAUGAGAGAUUUUCUCACUCGUUUGAAAAGUGAAGCGUGCACAGUGCUGACGGAAUGGGAGACAAAGCUUCUUGACAAUUUGUCACAGUACUUCAAGCAAACAGAGGGUCACGUCUAUCUAACAAAGCUUCUUCACAAUUUGUCACAGUACUUCAAGCAAACAGAGGGUCAUGUCUAUCUAGUUGAAGGAUACAGAGAAGACUUUGCAAACAGUGCAAAGACCCUCCGACGAGAAAUGGAGAGGUCUGUGUUUAAUCAACUCACAGCAGCAGCUGACAUCAGACAGGGAAUGGCAGAACUUGAUACAAUCAAGGAGAAGCACAUAAAAGAAUUAGAGGGCAGAUUGAAACACAAAUUCACCAAGUUCUUCAACACUGAAGAUCACAUAAAGACUGUACAACAAAUGGCUGACAGUAUCAUAGCAGAUUGCAAACAGUAUGUCACUGGAAAAGUGGGAAGACAAAGCAAUUACCAUGACACUUACAUUCAGGAGAUCCUCCACAUGAUUGACGAGAAGCUGCAAAACAAUAAGGAAGUGAAGACAGAUGCUGAGUUUGAAGUUUCUCUGAAACAGCACAUCUGUGGAGAUGCAGCCAGACAGUUUCAGAAAAUGCAUGAAGAUUUCAUACAUGAGAAUGAUCCCUACAGAUGUCUGAAUGAAAACAAAGCUAAGUUUCUAGCUGAUUUUAAAGACUUGUUCCAUGAACGAGACCAGUGCCAGAAGAAGGCAGAAGAAUUCACAAACCGCUGCCUGAAGCCUGCAGUCGAAGACUUUGUCAAGCGUUCCUUGGGUCCUGAUAUCAUUGGUGAAAUGAUGACAAGCCAGCAGUUCAGCACACGAAUGUCCUUCCAGUAUUCACUUUUACUGGAUUUGCUCUCGAAGGAUGAAUUUGAAAAAUAUCUAGACUAUAUUCACUCAUAUGAGCCUUAUGCAAGGAAACAGAUCCUCGACCAAAUAGUUGAACGCUUCUCAAAAGGGUCUACCAUGUUUGAGCUUGAGGAUAAACAUGUUCAGUCAAGCAUCAGGAACAUAACUAAUGCUAUCAACACAGCUCAAACUAAAAAGAGUGGCAACUUGAAGAUAUUUGUUGAGGAUAUCUGCAAGGAACUUGGUGAUAAACUGGUCAUUCCUCAGGAUGCACUUGGUGCUUUCAUGAUCCUGAUUCAUGCCGACCCGGAACAGUUUGCUCACUGGCUCACAAAGUGUGUGAAUGAGAUGGCACCACCUCUUCGAGAGACAUUUAAAAACACAAGCAUCGACGAGAAACUAUUAAAUCUUCAUGUAAAGCCUCACGAGGAGCUUUUCACUAAACUGAUUGGAUGUGGUAAACACUGUCCAUUCUGCACAGCGCCUUGUGAGGCAGAAGGAAAAAAACACACUGAGCACUGGACAUCACUACAUUGGCCAGAGGGUCUGGGUGAAUUCAGAUGGUACUGGGGAAACAAACUUGUAACUGAUGUAUGCUCUUCCUUGGUGAUCAGUAGGAAAACUUUCUGCUGCAGUGCUACUGAAGGUAAAUGGCACCGUUACAAGCGUUACAGAGAAAUUUUCCCAGACUGGAAAAUUGUUCCAGAUACAAGCCUUCAGGCGUCAGACUACUGGAAAUAUGUAAUGACAAAGUUCAACAAAGAGUUUGCUGCAGAAUUUAACACAAAGCCUGCUGAUAUUCCUAAAGCUUGGAGAAAUAUCACACAUGAGCAGGCAGGAAAGAGUCUCAAAGAGUCAUUUAACAUCAAGUGA